CCAGGUCACCGCUCGCCGUGGUUCCCAGGCUUCGGCCUCCGCCGGGCGAGGAUCCCGGGGCCUGCGGGUUACACGCCGACCGGCCGGGCCGGCACCCAGCGGGCGCGGGUCCGCGCGGGCCGGGCGGAGGUUCGAGCGGGGACCCCCCCCCAAGCACGAGCCCCGGAGCCCGCGGGCUGGGCCGGAGGGGCCGGGCGGGCGGCGGCGGCGCAGGGCGGCGAGGCCAGGGCCCGGCCUGUCUGCGACUGCGGGACGGCGAGGCCCCGGGCGGCCAAUUCGGGCCCCGAGAGGGUCGUCGGCCCGAAGUGAGUUUGUCCCGUAGGCCCAGAACCGGCUCCCCGGGAACGGCGGCCCCGGGAGGCGGAGGAGGAGCAGCUCCCGUCCCGGAGCCUUCGGGAGCCUUGGGGCAGCUCGGCGGGUCCCGACGGGGUCAGCCUCCACUUUCACUGUCCUCCCCGUUUUUCCAAGAGUGGCAGAAAAUGAGUAAAUCUGUGCAGCCACGCGUGUUCCUGGCUUAUAGUGCAAGACUGGGUGUGCCAAACGAACUCAUCCUGGUGUAUUUCUGGAAUGUUCAUUUUCUUCCCACGAUGAAGAAGGGGCCAGUGUCAUUCAGGGAUGUGGCCGUGGACUUCACCCAGGAGGAGUGGCAGCAGCUGGAGCCCGAGCAGAAGACCACGUACCGGGAUGUGAUGCUGGAGAACUACAGCCAUCUCGUCUCCGUGGGCUGUCACAUUAUCAAACCGGAAGUUAUCAUCAAGUUGGAGCAAGGAGAAGAGCCAUGGAUAGUAGAAGGAGCAUUCCUACCACAGAGUUACCCAGAAGAACUCUGGAAAGCCAAUGAUCUGGGAGAAAGAGUCCAGGAAAAUGAAGGCAAAUAUUCAAGGCAAGCUGUAUCCAUCAGCAACAAAACCCUGAUUGAAGAGAGAGGUAAUGUUCUUGGUAAGACUUUUAAUGUGGAAACGAACCCCGUUCCUUCAAGAAAAAUGUCCUAUAAGUGUGACUCAUGUGAAAAGAGUUUGAAAUCUAUUUCAGAGUAUAUUAGUAGUGAUGGCAGCUAUGCAAGAAUGAAGCCCGACGAAUGUAGUGCGUGUGGGAAACCACUUCCCCACGUUAAACUUGAGAAAACUCAUCCAGGAGAUGAAUCUUACGAAUUUAAUCAAAAUGGGGGAGGUUAUAGUCUAAAUGAAGAAAGUAUUUAUCAGAACAUUCAUAUUUUGGAGAAACCCUAUGAAUAUAUUGAAUGCCAGAAAGCCUUUCAGAAGGAUGCGGUUUUUGUUAAUCACAUGGAGGAGAAGCCCUAUAAGUGGAAUGAAUCUGAAAUAGCCUUUCUGCAAAUGUCCAACCUCAGCGUACACCAGAGGUCUCAUAUGGAAUUGAAGCCCUAUGAAUGCAGUGCAUGUGGGAAAUCCUUCUGUAAAAAGUCAAAGUUUAUCAUCCAUCAGAGGACUCACACAGGAGAGAAACCUUAUGAAUGUAAUCAGUGUGGGAAAUCCUUCUGCCAGAAGGGGACCCUCACUGUCCAUCAGCGCACACACACCGGGGAGAAGCCCUAUGAAUGUAACGAAUGUGGAAAAACCUUCUACCAGAAGUUACACCUCAUUCAACAUCAGAGAACUCACUCAGGAGAGAAGCCCUAUGAAUGUAGUUACUGUGGAAAAUCCUUUUGCCAGAAGACGCACCUCACACAACACCAGAGAACACAUUCAGGAGAGAGACCCUACGUUUGUCACGACUGUGGAAAAACCUUCUCCCAGAAGUCUGCACUUAACGACCAUCAGAAGAUCCACACGGGCGUGAAACUCUACAAGUGUAACGAAUGUGGGAAGUGCUUCUGCCGCAAGUCUACGCUCACCACGCAUCAGAGGACGCACACCGGGGAGAAGCCGUACGAAUGUAAUGAGUGUGGGAAAUUCUUCUCGCGGCUCUCGUACCUCACCGUGCACUACCGGACUCACUCGGGAGAGAAGCCGUACGAGUGCACCGAGUGUGGGAAGACCUUCUACCUGAACUCAGCCCUCAUGAGACACCAGCGAGUGCACACCGGAGAGAAGCCGUACGAGUGCACUGAGUGCGGGAAGCUCUUCUCUCAGCUCUCGUACCUCACCAUCCACCACCGGACUCACUCGGGAGUGAAGCCGUACGAGUGCACCGAGUGCGGGAAGACCUUUUACCAGAACUCAGCCCUCUGCCGACAUCGGAGGAUACAUAAAGGAGAGAAGCCCUACGAGUGUUACAUAUGUGGGAAGUUCUUCUCCCAGAUGUCGUACCUCACCAUCCACCAUCGAAUUCAUUCCGGAGAGAAGCCCUAUGAAUGUAAUGAGUGUGGGAAAACCUUCUGCCAGAAUUCAGCCCUUAACAGACACCAGAGGACACACACGGGGGAGAAAGCCUACGAGUGUUACGAGUGUGGCAAGUUCUUCUCUCAGAUGUCGUACCUCACCAUCCACCACCGGAUCCACUCGGGAGAGAAGCCCUUUGAAUGUAACGAGUGUGGGAAAGCCUUCUCCCGGAUGUCAUACCUCACAGUACACUACAGGACUCAUUCCGGAGAGAAGCCCUACGAAUGUAACGAGUGUGGGAAAAAAUUCUACCACAAAUCAGCCUUCAAUAGCCAUCAGAGGAUUCACAGGAGAGGGAAUGUGAACGUACUGGAUGUGGGGAGGCUUCUCUGAGGUCAGAGAACCUUUCAGUGUGGGAGUGGGAGACGCCUGCUGACGUACGUCAGAACUCACACGGGUGUUGUGCACAAGCCUUUGUGUUACUCAGACUUGAAGCCUGAAAGUUCGCAGGGUAGAAACCACAACUGUAACAAGACCACAGGACUUGUCGGAUACCAGACUCUACAGGAGUAAACAUUGAUACGUAUUUAGAAUGUGUAUGCACUUCACCGUGGACUCAAACUGUUUUACACAUCAGGGAAUUCAUACCAAGGGAAAAAUCUCCCAAUUUUAAGGAAGGUGGGAAACCUAUUCCUUUGGAAAUUAUUAAUAUUAAAUGUUAUGUUUCUGAUGUAGUAUCAAGCUUCUUGAAAGCAAAAGUACAGACGAUAAAGAUACUUGUGUAAAUAGAAGCUGUAAAACCAGCCGACGGUAGUCAAGGCCGCGGCACAGCAACCUCACACUCUUGCGGGAGUGGUUCCUGGGAAUGUAGGACUUAACGUUCAUUUGAGGGGUUUUUGGUUUGUCUGCUUUUUAGGAUGCUACAUUACAGGAAGUGUAUGUUCAGUUUGAAUCAUGUUUGGAAAGCCAUUGUAUCAUUAGAAUGAUUUGUAGACAUGGUAAGAUUGUCCAUUUUAAAUAGCUCCACCUUCUUAGUAUCCUGAUACCCUGGUACCGUCACUGAACUAACAUCUGAUGGUCUCAGUUACACUGCUUCUCGUACUCUUGCCCGGCAUUUAUAAAUGUCUUUGAUCAUUGUUAAUGAACGAAGUCUUCUGUAAAGAAGCCAAUGUUUUUAUAACAUGUUCAGCUGUAUCUGAGUCAGCAAGAGUUAGAAAUCUACGCAUAUGAUAGAAAAGUGCAUAGAUAAUUUUAAGUUGCUAAUGCCGGACUUUCCCAGUAGUAAGAAGCGCCUGUAGUACUCAUUGUACUCUAUACGGUAAUAUUUACUUAAAAUAUUUAAGUACCUAAGAUAUUCCCAUUUAUAUCAGUUUUUUUCCAUCUGUUUUAUUUGGAUGCUUACAGAAGUGUGCAGAGCACACAUGCUAUGUAAUUUAGGAAUUAUCUGUAUUUUUGAUAGGAUAGUAUUUUUAAAUAUUGUGCUCUACUCCUUCCUGAAUGAAUGAUGAAUUCUUCCUGUGGGUUUGUGGCAGACACUCUUGAGUGACCCUGGUCACUCCUUACUGUUUGCUGGCAGGAUCUGGGGAUCCAUUCCUCCUCGUGGAAUGGGGGGAAAAUCCUGACUAGUUUCAACCAUAUUGAUAAUCCCUUUCUCAUUGCCAGCAAUUGGUGUAGAAUGGUCACAGGACCCAGUUCUAUUCAGAUAAACAAAGAUAUCUGACAGGUUAUCUCUGGAAAAGUUUCCCUCAAAGAUUCAAGAAAUGAGUCCUGCAGGGUGAAGUAGAGUCUUUUGUUGAACAUUGCCUUCACUGCAUGUGAUGCCUGGUUGUGUCUUUCAAUGCUGAAUUAGAAUUUAAGCAUGGCGGAGCAGAAAGACUGGGAGAACCUGGGACCUGGACGGUGUGGAGCCACUGAACCAACCAGCCGUGUAGCUCCCGGCCUCUGGACUGUUGCUUCUGUAGGAGGCGAAAUUGACUUUGGAGCCAGUUGAUUUAGUUUGCUCUGUUAGGGAUAGCUGAAGAUACAAAGUUACGCCUUUGUAGGAAUUAUGCAGUUGAGAAGUGGACUUCAGGUAAAUCACUUAUUUAGAAGUACUGAUAGAGGUUGGUCUUAUUUUCUGUAAGUUUUGAUGUAAAUAGUUUGAGCCGUACAAAUCAACUUGAAACAAUUAAAUGUAUGUGUUUCCUCGAAUGGUUACAUCAUUGACCUAAGACCCCUUAGAGCCUGAUAACCAUGUCAGAUACACCUUCCUUUUUACAACGCAUGACAUUAAAUUUGUUUAGGUUAAUUUAUGUUAUUCAUGGAUCAUCUCUCCACUCUUGGUUCACAAUAUAUGGUGUGGAGGUAAGGACCUUUGCUUUCCAGUGAUCAGCCCGAGAGCCUAUAUUUGAA